AUGUGUGUGUUGUUUGACGCUCAAGAUAUUCUUGAUCUCGUCAAUGACGGUUACACGCCGAUCGUUGAUUCAACAACGACGAAGGUUGCGUGGGACACAUUGGUAUGGUGCUACGACGGUGACGCAUCCGUGAAGAAGGUGAAACUUCCGAGUCUACGUAAGCAAUAUGAGAAUCUCAACAUGAAGAACAAUGAUAAGGUACCAGAUUACAUCUCUAGUGUGAUUAUGGUCACCAAUCAGAUGAAAGCUUAUGAAGAAACACUCUUUGAACAAGAUCUGAAAGCGUCUUCUGGUAAGAAUCAAAAGUUGUCUUGGUCAGAGACCAAGAAGAGACAUGGUGGUUCUCAGAAGUUGGAAGCCUCCAACUCUGAUAAGAAGAAACAUCAUAAGGGAAAUGAGAAGUUUGCAAGAGAAAGAUUCAGAAAGAGGAAAAAGAUCGGAUGUGCUAAUGAUAAGUACCUUAAUGCUGAAGGAAUGGGAAAUGUCAAAGUCAGAGUGAAGAAUGGAAAAAUUGUUCUAAUCAAGGAUGUUUGUUAUAUUCUUGGUAUGAAGGGCAAUCUGAUGAGUGGAAAUAAGAGAACAUUCAAGGUGAAUGUAGGGACAACUGAAACUAAAUGCCUUAGUGGACAAGGUGAUGAAAGGUGA